AUGCUGGACAAGGCAGAGUAUGAUCUGAAUCGUUUAGAAUCAAAUAAUAGUACACCGUUACAUGCUGCUUGCUAUUAUGGCCAUAAGGAGAUUGUUCAGUUGCUUAUUGCACAUAAGUGUGAUCGCUCACAGAUCAAUAGCCAGGGUUCAACAGCGUACGAAGAGGCAGCUAAUGAUGAAAUUCGUCAAUUAUUUAAACGUUCAAGUUGUGACCGUUUUCGACGCUUCCAAGAUGAAGAUGUCAACAAUUCUUUCGAUUUUGUCCAACGUCCGAAUGAAGAAGAUAUGGCUACUNCUUGCUAUUAUGGCCAUAAGGAGAUUGUUCAGUUGCUUAUUGCACAUAAGUGUGAUCGCUCACAGAUCAAUAGCCAGGGUUCAACAGCGUACGAAGAGGCAGCUAAUGAUGAAAUUCGUCAAUUAUUUAAACGUUCAAGUUGUGACCGUUUUCGACGCUUCCAAGAUGAAGAUGUCAACAAUUCUUUCGAUUUUGUCCAACGUCCGAAUGAAGAAGAUAUGGCUACUACUACUGCUGCUGCUGCGACUGCUCCAAGAGAUUUAGCGCCGACGAAAAGAAAGCCACUAGUUCAAGGCUAUAAAACAAAUGAAAAGGAACUCGAAAUUGGCUAUUCCACAACGUCUAUAGCUAUGUGUCAAUCAAAAUUAGGGCGAUUUAUAGCAGAUAGAUUCCAGAAGGAUUCUCCGAUGUCGUCAAAAACUAUUGGUCUUAAACUUCAAGAAAUAGUCGACCAACAAAUUCUCACUGAAGAAGACCCCCAAUCACAAAAAGCAAAUGAUCUUCUAACUAAAUAUUUAAGCGAGAAGGAUAAUGACCAUCGUAUCGAAUAUCUGUUACAUUUAUAUACGCUUAAGACAAAAUUUUAUAAAGCCUUACAAACUAAUCCGAUGCCGCUGGCUCUCCCACUUUAUAUGGCACUAGACAAAUUGAAAGAAAGAUAUUUUCAGGGCCAAUCGUAUCGUGGUGCAAAAAUGACGAAUGAUGACAUUUCCCCAUACGAAUGGGCCGUUAACAAUCAUGGAAGUCUUUUACAGACCAAAUAUUUUUCUUCCACAUCAUUAUAUCGCUCCGUUGCGGAAGAAUUUGGGGAUGAUGCAUCAAAAUCAAACGAUAAUCGACAUCAGGUUUUAUUUAUAUAUGACUUUCCAGAAAAGUGUGAUCAGACUAUUAAUUUGAACAGAAUAUCUGAUAAAUUACCGUGUUUAUCAGAAUAUGAAGAUGAAGGUGAAGUUCUAAUAUUACCUUGGACAUUAUUUCAAGUGAAAAGUGUAAAUAAAGAGACAAAUAACGGAUGUUCUACAUAUACAAUUUAUUUAACAAAUGUUACUCUACCACAUAAGUGUUUGUUAUCAACAUUUAAAUGGACACUGAAAAAUUUUAAAGGUUGUCUGGACCGCUUUCACGAGUACUUUUCAAACGCGAACCUUGAGCUCAUAGUGUCACAAAUGAUGGUUAAAGAGCCGUCCAUUGAUGCGAACGCUCUACAGAAAUGA